GAGUCGCACGUUCGGUUAAUACAUUGGACGUUUUUCCAGCCCGCUAUGAGGAAAGAAUCAGGGUGCUGCGCGCCACAGGAGAAGAGUUUCUCAAGUCCUUCCUGCGUGCUCGCUUACGCAGGAUAGAAGAAGAAGAAACUGAAGAAGAGACGCAGUCUUAAGGUUCGUGGUCACCGAGAAAGCCUUUCGCAGCAGAAGGACUACGAUGAAUCACGAGAAGAGAAAGCACCAGCCCAAGGGCAGAGACAAGAAGGUUCGAAGAGGAAGCAUACCGUCCCUCGCCUCACCGCAAAAUUUGGCGGCAGAUGCCAACGACGACGUGGAGCCGUCGCCCUGUGCAGCCGUUCGGAAGGAGCACGACUUCGGAAGAAACCGUGUGCCCUCCGACCACAGCGCGGCCUCCGUCAUGACGAUUCUGCCGCACAGCUUACGCAAAGCCCGUUCCAAGAGGCGUUCGAAACCCAAGUGCAGACUUUCCCCAGGAACAGCGUUCAAGUCCGCAGCAGAAGACGCAGGUGGCGUCGCUAGCUUACCAGAACGGAAGUUCUCGGACGCCGUCGACCCCACUCUCUCGCCUUCAAGCCCCGUCUCUUCGGAGGAGAGGCGUUCGACUCUGGAACACAACGAAGAUCCCGUGGGCAGGCUCAGUUCCUCCUCUCCGUCAGAAGCACCAGAAACCGGCCGCGAGAAAGGGCCAGAAAGCCAAUCCGAGGAACAAAAGAUCGACACCACUGAAGACGAGAGGAUCCAAUCAGACCCCCGCCGACGUGACUCCGACCAGGGCACGUCUGUGGUCGUCAAAGAUGCAAUGGCUAUUCCCACGGACGAGAGCCCGACCUCCGCAGGAUCAAUAAGCGAAUGUGGGAACCCGCCACCUGCUUCAAUGCAGAACAUUCCCAAGCGUGAAGACGUUUGCUCUGAGAGGCCCCAUUCGCGCAACCUUGGUGAAGCGACGUGGAACCUAGGCUUAGAUGUAGAUCCCAAGGGAGAGCACGAAGCCCUUGCCUAUAAUGAGGAUGAGCUCCCUCCUACGCUAGGCAUCGACAUGUUCGGGAAGACGUUCUUCGCGGAGCUAGCGACACCUUCUCCUGAGAUCAUGUCGUCCGGCCCGUCCAGGCUCAGGUCUCUGGGACAGUCCUGGAUCUCGCAAGUGAACCGAGAUUUGACAGAUGUCUCAUCCCCGCAGAAAAACACGGUGUUGACGGUGCUAAAACAAGAGAUGGCAAGAGAAGGUUCAGAGUAUGCCAAAACUAUGGAAACGACCUCCGGGGGUGGCGCCAAGGGGCCACAGUGCUCAAGCCUAAUGACUGAGAUCACCUGGGCCUUAGGUGAGGAAAAGGAGCCACGGGAUGCCAUCGAUGUUUUCGCUUUGCCGCCGUCUUCCCCCUGGCCGACGAAGCCAAAAGCACCAACCUUGCGUUUUGAUGCACCUGCUGUUGGCGAAAAGUUUUCCAGCGUCGAUGACGUCCCGCAUGCUCCAGGAGCUGUAUGGACACUCCGUUCCGAGAAUCCCGUAUCAAUAGGACCCGCAAGGCCUACGCAGAAGCCCCCAGAAAGCAAGGCGCAGGUGCAUCUCCUCGUGUCCGCGUUGUGCAUACCAUUUCUUCUCGUCGUGUCUCUUCUCAUCGCCGUGAUCUUUUCGAGAAGGCCCACCCGUUCGCCCGCACCCCCUAAGACCGGUCUGAUUCAGGAGCUGGUCAAGUACUGCGGGGGAAGUAAGGCUUGCAGUCGCGCUGUGGACGCCAUUGCAGAUACAGCAGACCUUGCGACAGACCCUUGCGUUGACUUCUACCAGUUCGCGUGCGGCCGGUGGCGGGCUUGGAACCAGCAAAGACCUGGCUACCGCCGCGAAAGCGAAGAAAACUACACUCUAAGUAUCCGGAAAGCGCUGCUGAGCCUCCUUGAUGACGACUACGGGCGGCGGAGUGUUGACGUUAACAGCGGAGAGGCCAGGAACAUGGCGGCAUUCUAUGAUAGCUGUCACAAAUUCCUCGGUGCAGGUGCUCGAGUUGCACCCGUGACAGACGUCCUCGCCACGAUGGGCUUCAACGCGUCAUCCGACGGACACGACACCACCUCGAUCAGAACCAUUCAAGACUUGCUGGACUUCAUCGUCAACCGCAGCCUGAACAACGGCCUAGCGUCGGUCGUAUCAGUGACCUUAAGGCGGCGCACGAUAUCUCUGGACGCGGGGCAAACGCUUCAUUCGACGUUGGGAGACGAUCACGUCUUGGAAUUUCUGACCGCGACCCUCGGAGACAAUGGUCUCGCAAACGAUGAAUGCAACGUCCAUGGUCUGUACCACCUCGAUGGCGAAAUUCACAGCCGCCGGGCGCUGUAUAAUCUGUCUGUACCAUUUGACAGGACUCCCCUUAGAUACGUGGAACCGCCAAUGGAGGGAGUCAGCUGGGUCGACGCUCUGAACAGGGCUUCACCUGAAAGGCCUGUGCGGUACUCACUACAAAGUCCUGUGGAGUCUCGUGGGAUGGCGUACGUUCAAGAGGCCGUGACUCUUCUAUCCCGCACCACGCUGGAACAGGCUCGUGUCUACGCGUCGGCUGUUUUGUUGGCGCAAGUCAUUAAGUACGUUUACCUUAUUCGAGGCCAGGCUCGGUCCGAGGGAAUCGCUACGUGCCUUGAAAUCACUGGCAGCUACUUUAAAGACCUGUUGCCCUAUUGGAUUAGUGCAACGUUUGGGUCACCCGAAGCUGCCCAGUCCUUCGUGGAUAUGGUGAAACGCAUCCAAGACGCUACCCUGGGAACGUGUGCCUCUUUUAUGAAAAUAGGUAUCGACUGCAGGAACCUCUCUAAACUCGACGUGUCGUUUAUUGGCUCAGCCGAAAGCUUCACCGCUCUCCAAAAGCAUCCGCGCGCCGUAUCGUCGGUGGCCCCCUACGGCGAGCACUUCCUGGUGAACGUGGUCCGGGCGAGUCGGGACCACGUUGGCACGGACUACGAGGACGGCGCCGUCCAACGUCAACUCCACGGCCGGCUCGUCUUUCCCGAACACGGUGCUAGAAGCCGACUCAUUGCCGUACCGGCAAACUUUCUCGUGCCGGACGCCUUCGUUGGUGACGGCUCGCUGCCGUUCCUGGACUACGCGACCGUCGGUGUGCGACUGCUGCUCGACUGGAUUGAGACACAGUUCACCGAAAACGCAGCCAUGGAGUACGCGUCCACCCUUAAUGUUACAGUCCCUUGCGUGCGCGACGCCGCUCGUGCAAUUUUCGGCAGGAAGGUCGGCGAAGAAGAGGCGCGGCAUCUGGUCUUCGCCGACUGGGCUUUGGAUGUGGUGUUAACGGCGGCCAAGUGGGACUUCGUCUCCAACACAGGCAACGCUUCGUCGAAUACAGCUCAAUUAGCGUCGGUAAUGAAAGCGAGUCGUCAGCUAUUUUACCUUCGCUUCUGCCACACGCUGUGCGGUGAACUAAGUGCUCUGGCGAGCGCUUGCCGCUACAGAGCCUCAUACAGUAAGGACUUUGCUUUCGCUUUUAGCUGUCGUGAACCAGCGUCGUUGCAGUGUUAGUGCAACGUGAAACUUCGUUUACUUUUCCGGCCACAGGCAUUCCCGAUGUUCUUGCUUGCGAGUU